GGCCUGAUGUGGCUCCUGUCAAGCAAAGUCUUCGGUCUUUAGUUUUUUCGUUCAGAAUGCUUGCUACUCGACCUAGCACAAGAGUUCAACGUCGUGCACAACCUGCAGCACCACGUCGUUCAGCAACCACUAUGCAGCAACCAGAGUCAAGUGGAGUUAGUUGUGAGGCGUCUUCCUCCGUGGCCACAACGUCAGCACCUGAUGCAGCGUCGCCAGCGACAAAUGUUCCUGACGAAACGGUUCAAUGGAUCGUCUCCGCCGUCUCCCAAGCUGUGCCUAGCGUCACUCAAUGGAGCUUGCGCCACUACUCUUUCGCCGCCAUCUUCAGCUGUGGAAACGAGGGAAUUGCCUAUGGUAGCGUCAGGUAUAGCUAG